AUGUCAGGAGUACGAAACCGCCGCAAUAUGUACCGCAAAACGCUGGAGUUCGAUCAUUCGUACGUUACUGCUAAUGUAGCAGAACAAUAUGAUACAGUCCGUAAACAGUUACCGCCAUUUAAACAAAGAGAUCGUCCCUCUCAAGUUUCAAGAGGUAGAGGUAGACAAUCUUACCAAAACAGCCGAGAAGAGAAGUUCAGACAACAGAAGUCGGCCAAUACAAGCUUUGAUUUAUCUGAAAGCUUAAGAAAGAAAUUACUUCCAGACGUAAAAGACUCUGAAUCAGCAAUAGACAGGCAUGAAGCCGUCGCAACUCUUAAAGCAAUAACCAUCUUUGUAACUACACGAGCAAUUGGUUUUGGAACAGCACAUUUAUUUUCAAUUUUAUUCGAGUUUAACAAUGUUCCCGUCAAUGGUAUUUACCAAAUGUAUAGAGUUGUGUUUGAGGCGAAAAUCGAAAUUGCCCAAAGAGGCAUUAAUUACACUAUGCAAAUAUCAGAUUGCCAGUCGACCAAUUAA